AUGGCUCGAGCAAUAUGGUUCGCGAGUUUGGGCAUUAGAGGCCAAGGUAAUUCAUCAGUAUGUUUCAGAGAUUGGGUAACUAAGCUUGUUCAUGAUUCCUCCAAGUUGACUUUUGACUUGGUGUUGACAACUGUAUGGAACCUUUGGAGAGCUCACAAUGAUCUUUUGUGGAAAGGUACAAUCACUCACUUGCGUGAUGUGGCUUUGAGAGCCGAGGAAUGGAUGCUUGCUUUUAGGCACUAUCACUCUCCCAGCAAAAUGGUAUCGAUACAUACCAUACAAAAGUGGUCUCCUCCUGACAUAGGUUUCUUGAAGUGUAACUUCAAUGGUGCUUGGGAUGAGAGAUUGAGGAAAGGUGGUGUUGGGGUGAUUAUUCGCAACUGUAGUGGUGAAUUUUUUGCGGGUCUUGCGGCUGUGGAGGAAGAUGUCGGUUCGGCUCUACAAGUAGAGCUCUUGGCAGCUCGGCGAGCCUUGCAAUUUGCUCAUGAAAUAGUUUCAUGCAGCUCAGGGAUCAUUUUCGAAGGGAUUUCAGCUUGA